AUGUCGUUUUUUGGACAGAACUUUCUGGGCUUUAUAGCCGCUGCUGCCCUUAUUUUUGAAUCAUCUGCUUGGGCAUUUCAGAGACCCCAAUACGAGCUGCGAUAUUUAGACGACUCAUCGCAGUUGAGAGUAUCAUAUGACUACGUCAUUGUUGGAGGCGGAACGUCAGGUCUCACUGUUGCAGACCGGUUAACAGAGGAUGGCAAAACUACUGUUCUCGUCAUCGAAAAUGGGCCGCUGGUUGAAUCACCCUUAAUUAGCGAAAUAAUGGGUGGUUUCGGAGGCAUGGGCUCGGGUUACACAUAUAACACGAUGUCUGUUCCGCAGUCGCAUCUGAGGAACAGGACCUUUCCUGUGCUGACCGGGAGAGUCGUAGGGGGCAGCUCGGCUGUAAAUGCUAUGAUGACGGUCCGUGGGACCUCAGAGGACUAUGAUAGAUGGGGCGAGCUCUUUGGGCAAGGUUCAUCGUGGAAUUGGAAGAACCUUCUUCCCUAUUUCAAGAAGGCUUUAUCAUUUACCCUGCCAGAUCCUUUGGUAGCCUCUGCGUUCAACAUUACGCACGACUUGCAGUAUUGGGGCAACACCUCUCAUAUCUAUGCUGGCUGGCCCUCGUUUCAAUAUCCAGGGCUCGUGCCGGCAAUAGACGCUUUCCGUGAGGUCCCAGGUGUUGAGUUUCCUGUAGACAGCGGUGCCGGCCGAGCUGGCGUUUACUGGUUUCCGACCUUCCUGGAUCCGAAAAAUGUUCAACGCUCCUAUGCCAAAACAGGCCACUAUGAGCGGAUUAACAGGACGAAUUAUGACCUCAUCGCCGACACGAGGGUGACUAAAGUGUUGUUCGAUGGUAGGAGGGCCAUUGGAGUCUCCGCGCAGCAGACUAGGCUGAACACAACUUUGUUAUCUAAUGUCAAUGCCAGCAAGGAAGUGAUUCUAGCUGCAGGUGCCAUCCACACCCCUCAGUUGCUUCAACUGAGUGGGCUGGGACCUAAAAAAUUGCUUGAAUCGGCUGGUGUGCAAACAAUUGUCGAUCUUCCGGGUGUUGGGCAGAACUUCCAAGAUCACCCGAUGCUCUCGACAGUGCAAAAUUUCACGAUUCGCCCGGAACCCAGCGAUUUGUUUGGUGAAAGCAACUUCAGCACCUGGGCACAGGAAGUUUGGGCCUUCAAUCGCACAGGUCCGUACUCGCUAGGGGUGGGGAAUGUAGCUGCUUGGCUGCCAAUGCCAGUCAUCUCGCCAACAUACCAUGAAACGAUUGCCUCCAAGUUGGAAACUCAGGAGCACUCUGCAUUCUUAGCACCGGGUACCGAUCCGACUGUCGUUGAGGGGUAUAGAGCACAAAUGAAAAAUUUGGCCAGCAGCAUCCGGUCCAACAACACGGCAUUUUACAGCCUAUCUCUGACGGGUUCACGUGCCCCUGGUGGAGCUAGCGUAUUUCUGCAUCCUCUGAGUCGUGGAACAGUGAAUAUCGAUGUAAGAAAACCCAACGCUACUGAACCAAUUGUUGACUACCGCGCCCUCAGUAACCCUCUGGAUGUUGAGAUCCUAGUUGAGUUCAUCAAAUUCACUAGGCUCUAUCAUUUUAACACUUCACUCGCUGCUUUCAAUCCAAAGGAGAUAGCGCCUGGGGAGAAUGUAAAGAGUUCGGAAGAACUGGCCGCGUAUGUACAACGAAGUAUCACCCCUUCGGAAUACCAUCCGAGUGGAACAGCAGCAAUGCUACCAAGAGAGCUGGGUGGAGUCGUCAACGAGUCACUUCUAGUUUAUGGAGUGGAUGGCCUACGAAUUGUCGAUGCAAGCAUUAUGCCAAUGUUACCUGGUGCCAAUACGUGUCAGACUGUUUACGCUGUCGCGGAGAAGGCCGCGGAUCUGAUCAAGAGCCGUCUUUAA